CACAGCAGUAGAAGAAGGGAGUGGUACCGUCAAUAACUGACGCACAGCGGCAGCAAAUUAAUGCUAAAUUCAAAACAAAAUAGAAGCAACAAGACAAAAAUACUAAAACAAAAGUCCAAAAAUUCAAUUAAAUUCCAAAACACAUAAAGCAAUUGUAAUAUACUGAAAAAGAGAUGUAUAUAUAUUUCGGAAAAUAACAUAAUAGAAAUAAAUACAAAAUCAAGUCAACGACGAGCAAGUGCCAGCUGAAAAAGAAGAAGAAGAACUUUGAUUAAUGCACGGAAACGGAAACGGGAACGGAACGGAAACGCAACAACGAAAGCAAUAACUUAAGUGAUUCUUUCAAGCAUACUACGCGUAUUGAAUAAAAGUGAUAUAUAUAUACAUACACACUCAUAUAUAACAAAUAUAUAUAGAGAGAAGAAGAACAAGAACUGCAAAUGUUAUAAGAUAACGCUGCUGGGGAGUCUGCUUGGCAGUGCUGGAGGAGAGAGCCAAAUCAAGAUCAAGGAUGCACGUUAACAAUGCUAAGCCAAAAGCAAUAGCAGCACCAGCACCAGCAGCAGAAGCAGAGGCAGAAGCAGAAGCAGCAACAUCAAAAGCAGAAGUAGAAGUAGACGUAGAGGUAGAGGUAGAGGUAGAAGUAGAACCGAUUUCCGGUACGGAAGUAGCGCUACUCUCAAGGCAGCUCAUGUCAAAGUCGAAGUCAAAGUUGGAGUCAAAGUGAAGCAUUUUACUGCACUGACUACACUGGAGUCGAUGUGAAAGAAGGUUGUGCUAUAUCUAAAAUAGUAAAUAAAUAAUAAAUAAGUAAAAAAAAAGAAAAACAAAAACAAAUAAGCAAAAAUAAGAAAAGCCGUAACACAAACAUACAAAGUAUAGCCCAAAGGGUUUUUAAGUAGUUUAUAAAAAAUUUCGAUCGAACUGGCAAGUGGCAGCUAGUGAACAGAGCGACGUAGACACAAUGUCUGUGGACUUUAUACUGCCCAAUCGCAACAAGAUACAAACGAUUGCCUAUGCGAGCAAGAAAUGUGCGCCGGCCAGCGAUUUACAGAGCUGGCGACGUCCCAAGUCCAAGCCCAAGCCCAAGCCCAGAGCAACCAACAGCCAACAGCAGCAACAACAGCAACAACAGCAGCAGCAACAACAGCAGCAGCAGCAGCUACGUAAACUGAGGCCGGCGGCCUAUACCAAUUGGAAUGAGGAUAAGUUCUCGGUGCUGCGCAAUGCCAAUAAGAAUAAUAACAAUAACAAUGGCCAAGGCAAGAUGACCCUUAAGUCUGGCAACAAGGAUAAGGAGAAGGCUAAGGAUAGGGAGAGCAAGCGUAAAGCCGCACUCAAGCGUGAAAUAAUCGAGCUGGAUGAUGAUGAGGAUGAUGACGAUGCCAUGGAGGACGAGGAGGAGGUGGCCCAGUCCGAUGAGCAACAAUUGGAAUGGGCGGCGGCACAGUCGCUGGUGCAAAUGAACUCCAAGCAGGAAAAGCAGCGCCAUCUAGUAUCAUCAGCGGGCGCUACUAUAACAGCAAUAGGAGAAGUGAUCUCCAAGCCGGACAAACAACGCCAUCCAACAGCAACAGCAGCAACAGUAGCCAUAAUAGCAACAGGAGCUACAACUGAGAAUGGAGUUGGAGCUGGAGCUGGAGCUGGAGUAGCAGCAGCAACAGCAGCUGGAGGAACAAACACAACCAAAACAGUAUCCGCAGUAUCUAUGCGCCGUCCAGUGGCCUUUGGUCGCGCCCCAGCCGAGGAUGGCAAAGUGAUUUUCUAUGCGCCGCCAGCGAAUGCCAACGGAGCGCAGCGACAGCCGCUGCCGAUUACCAUAAAGCGUGAGCGGGAGCGUGAACGUGAGAGGGAAAGAGAGAGGGAGCGGGAGCGGGAGCGUGAACGUGAGCGCGAGCGUGAACGGGAGAGGGAGCAACAAGUGGCAGCGGCUAUCUACCGCGGACGCAGCCUGGAGGAAACGGAGGCGGCGCAUGAUUUGCUCUCGCUAUCCCAGAGCUUGCCUCCCUUGAUACCGCCCUGUGUGGUGACCAUAAUGAAGCAGGAGACUGUGCCCAAGCAGCCGGACAACCUAAAUGUCAUGCAGGAGAUAUCAAACGCGCCAUCGCCUUACCAAAGCAGCAACAGCAGCAACAGCAGCAGCAGCAGCAGCAACAACUCCAAUGUUGCUGCCAGCCACAGCAACAGCUCAAAUAUUCGCUUUAUUGGCAGCAGCUCUUAUGAUUUGCUGCACAGCGCAACGGAAACAUCGAACAAUUGUUCGCCGCUAACACCGCCCAAUUCUGAUCACAGCUCAGAUGUGGACAUUGACAUGUCCUCUUCCUCCGAAUCCGGCCACUGGAAUAAGCAACAGCAACAGCUUCAGCAGCAACAACAGCCACAGCAGCAACAACAACAGCAUCAGCCGCAGCCACAACAGCGUGCCUCUGCCUUGAAAAUGUGUCUCAAUAUGCUCGAUGGACGCACUAAAGCCAGCAAAGCCAGCAAGGAUAAAAAGCAGCCGCAGCGUCCAAAGACCAGCAGCAACAGCAGCAGCAACGGCGGCGGCGGCAACAACAGCAACAGCAGCUCGACUGCUGCCGGCAAUGGCGAAUCGGUGACAAGCGGUGAGAAUUAUGCGAAGCGCAAGCGCGGCUGCUACAAGUGCUCCGAGUGUGGCAAGCAGUACGCCACCUCCAGCAAUCUGUCGCGCCACAAGCAGACGCACCGCUCCCUCGACUCCCAGUCAGCCAAGAAGUGCAACACCUGCGGCAAGGCGUACGUCUCGAUGCCCGCCCUGGCCAUGCACUUGCUAACGCACAAACUGUCGCAUAGCUGCGACAUCUGCGGCAAGCUGUUCUCGCGUCCCUGGCUGCUGCAAGGCCAUCUGCGCUCCCACACAGGUGAGAAGCCGUACGUGUGCGUACAGUGCGGCAAAGCCUUCGCGGAUCGCUCCAAUUUGAGGGCGCACAUGCAGACGCAUUCGGGCGAUAAGAACUUCAAGUGCCUGCGCUGCAACAAAACCUUUGCGCUCAAAUCGUAUCUGAACAAGCAUCUGGAGUCGGCCUGCCUGCGCGAUAAUAGCGAAAUAUCGCUCGACAAGAGCGUGGAUGACAUUGAUCUGGACGAGGAUGAGGAGGAGCUGAAGCAAAUCGAGGCCGACGAGCUGGAGAGCGAUGAGAACAGUCAAGACAUUGUGGUAGCCUAAGUAAUACUAAAAUUCUAACAAACUUCAAAAUACUUUAUAACAAUGAAAGAUAAAAGCAAACCCUAUAAGCAAUACUCGAGCACCCUUAUCGAUAAAUAUACAUAUAUAUGUAUAUAUAUACACGUAUAUAUAUAUGAAUCAAAACAGUCAACUAGCAGCUUAUAUGAGUAGUUUUUUGAGCAUGGAAUUUUUAGUAUGGAAUGUGUUUUGGUAAUGCCGAUAAUGCCGAUAUACUCAAUAGCAUGUUUCUCAAUAUUAUUAUUAUUACUCCAAUUACUAUUAUAACUACAAUUUUUGGUUUCCCCUAGUUUUGAGAAUGAGCGAGAAAUUACACAAAAAGAUGGAAAAGAAUACAAAUAUAUAUGAAAAAUGUAUAACAAAAGGUUUAAUAUGGAAUCCAAAAUGUAACUUAUAGUAAAAAUCUGACACAACGAAUAUUAUGGAACAUAAGUAGAAACUCUAUAUACAAAAACUAUAUAUAUAUAUGUAUAUGUAUAUGUAUAUAUAUACCCAUCUAUGAAUUAUAUGAGUACAUAGCGAGCAGAACCAAUUUGCAUGUUUUUGGUAUAUAGAAAGAAAAAGAAAUCGACAAAAAAAUACUUUAAGACAUCGUUUUAGGGCUCUAGAGUUUAUAUACAUAGGUACAGCAGAUGAUGACAUACAGACACACAUGCAUACAUAUAGAUACAUAGAGUAAACUAAUAGUAAUAAUAAUAAUAGUAAUAUUAAAGAGGAAAGCCAGCUCAUUUCGAAUCUUAGCAACUAAUUAACUAGUGGACUUUUUUUAGCACUUUCUCUUAACUAACUCUCGCUCUUAGUCUUUUGAAUACGUAUAUAUGUAUAUGUAUGUAUAUAUGCAUAUAUGUAUAUAUAUAUUUACCUAAACCAAAGGCAUCACAAGUUCGGUAGGCCAACAGAUAAGCAAUGAUGAUUGUAUUAAUACUCUCACAAUU